UCGGGACCACAGGUGGCUGGGAUAAAGGAUAUCUGCCUAUCCUGCCAGGAUCAAAUGGGUUGAAAUAGCACAGGGACAACCCUGGGACAACCCUGCCAGCAAGGACCAGCUGUCUCAAUGUUGACGAUGUCAGCCACCAGCCAGACCUUGCAUUCCUCCCCCUGGAUGGUGCCCACCCCGUGCCCACCUUGUCCUGUCCCACCACGAGGAUGCCGGAGCAGCAGCCGCAGAGGGCGAGAGGACGCUGCCCGGGGACAGAGUGGUGCUGCUGGGACGUGUGUGGACGGCUUCCCACCCCCGGCCCCCCGAGAGGAGCGGCGAGCCUGGUGGUCUGGAGCAUGGAGAGGCAGGCAUGCGGGGUGCAGGACCGGAGUGGACCCUAAAGCCAAACAAGCUUGUUCACCUUGGAGCUACAAAUAUCGGUGAUUUGAGAUUUGAGCUCAUCCCCCGCUGUUCCUGUGCAAGCAAGGACCAGAAAAAUGAAUAUCCAGGGGAAAGGCUUCCCCUUGGACCUUGGAGGAAGCUUCACUGAAGAUGCUCCGAGGCCUCCGGUUCCUGGCGAGGAGGGGGAACUCGUGUCCACGGAUCCAAGGCCAGUUAGCCAUGGUUUCUACUCCAGUAAAAGCGAUGUGGUUAGAAAUGAGACGUCCACGGCAACCCCGAGGCGCUCCGAUUUGGAUUUGGGGUACGAGCCCGAGGGGAGUGCUUCGCCAACUCCACCCUACCUGAAGUGGGCCGAGUCGCUGCACUCCUUGCUGGAUGAUCAAGACGGUAUCAACCUCUUCAGGACUUUCCUGAAACAGGAGGACUGUGCGGAUCUGCUGGACUUCUGGUUUGCCUGCAGCGGCUUCAGGAAGCUGGAGCCCUGCACGUCUAAUGAGGAAAAAAGACUCAAGCUGGCAAAAGCCAUUUACAAAAAAUACAUCCUCGACAACAACGGCAUUGUGUCCCGGCAGAUCAAACCGGCCACAAAAAGCUUCAUCAAAGACUGCGUCAUGAAACUGCAGAUUGACCCCGACAUGUUUGACCAGGCCCAAACGGAGAUUCAGUGCAUGAUAGAAGACAAUACCUACCCUUUGUUCCUUAAGUCGGAUAUUUAUUUGGAAUACACGAGGACAGGUGGGGAAAGUCCAAAAAUUUAUAGCGAUCCGAGCUCAGGGUCCGGGACAGGUAAAGGGCUACCCGGUUAUCUGCCGACUCUGAACGAGGACGAGGAGUGGAAAUGCGACCAAGAGGCCGAGCCCGAGGCCAGCAGGGACUCGGCACCCUCCAGCAGGCUGACGCAGAAGCUGCUCCUGGAGACGGCCACCCAGCGCGCCGCCUCGGCUCGCCGAUACAGCGAGGGGAGGGAGUUCAGGCAUGGGUCAUGGAGAGAGCCUGUUAACCCUUACUAUGUCAACACGGGCUACGCUUUGGCACCAGCGACCAGUGCCAAUGACAGCGAGCAGCAGAGCAUGUCCAGUGAUGCCGAUACGAUGUCGCUGACGGACAGCAGCGUAGAUGGGAUCCCACCGUACAGACUCCGAAAGCAGCAUCGCAGAGAGAUGCAAGAAAGUGCCAAAGCAAAUGGACGUGUGCCACUACCUCACAUUCCUCGUACAUACCGAAUGCCAAAGGAUAUCCACGUUGAACCGGAGAAGUUUGCUGCAGAACUGAUCAAUCGUUUGGAGGAAGUACAAAAGGAACGUGAAGCAGAGGAGAAGUUGGAGGAGCGCCUCAAACGCGUUCGAGCGGAAGAAGAAGGUGAGGAUGCAGAUAUCUCUUCUGGUCCCUCGGUCAUUAGCCACAAGAUGCCUUCCGCCCAAGCCUUUCAUCACUUCGCUCCUCGUUACUCUGAGAUGGGCUGUGCUGGAAUGCAGAUGAGAGAUGCCCAUGAAGAGAACCCAGAAAGUAUCCUUGAUGAACAUGUCCAGCGUGUGAUGAAAACACCAGGCUGCCAGUCUCCAGGACCUGGCCGCCACUCUCCUAAGCCACGGUCCCCGGAAAGCGGCCACUUAGGAAAGCUGUCAGGGACACUAGGAACAAUUCCCCCAGGGCAUGGCAAGCAUGCAACAAAAUCAGGAAUGAAACUGGAUGCAGCUAACUUAUACCACCAUAAACAUGUCUACCACCACAUCCAUCACCACAGCGUGAUGAAACCAAAAGAGCAGAUCGAGGCCGAGGCCACGCAGCGAGUGCAGAACAGCUUUGCUUGGAAUGUAGAUUCACAUAACUAUGCAACAAAGUCACGGAACUACACUGAAAACUUGGGCAUGGCCCCUGUCCCCAUGGACUCUUUAGGCUACAGUGGGAAAGCCAGUCUGCUCUCAAAAAGAAAUGUUAAGAAGACCGAUUCAGGGAAAAGUGAUGGUGCCAGCUAUGAGAUGCCAGGAUCUCCUGAAGACGUGGAGAGAAACCAGAAGAUCCUUCAGUGGAUCAUAGAAGGAGAGAAGGAGAUCAGCAGGCAUAAGAAAACAAACCAUGGCUCUUCAGGUGCUAAGAAGCAGCUGUCCCAUGAUAUGGUCCGACCCCUCUCCAUUGAGCGACCUGUUGCGGUGCAUCCGUGGGUCAGUGCCCAGCUCCGAAACGUCGUCCAGCCUUCUCACCCCUUCAUCCAAGAUCCUACGAUGCCGCCCAAUCCAGCCCCCAACCCACUCACCCAGCUGGAAGAAGCUCGCAGGAGGCUGGAAGAGGAGGAAAAAAGGGCUGGAAAACUCCCCGUUAAACAAAGGUUGAAGCCCCAGAAGAGACCAGGCAGUGGCGCGUCCCAGCCCUGUGAAAACAUCGUGGUCGCUUACUACUUCUGUGGAGAGCCCAUCCCUUACCGCACCCUCGUCAAAGGGCGCGUGGUGACGCUGGGACAGUUCAAGGAGCUGCUGACCAAGAAAGGGAACUACAGGUAUUACUUUAAGAAAGUGAGUGACGAGUUCGACUGUGGUGUGGUUUUCGAGGAGGUGCGGGAGGAUGACACCAUCCUGCCCAUCUUUGAAGAGAAAAUCAUCGGGAAGGUGGAAAAGAUUGAUUAAGCUCCAGGGCUGCUGAGGCGUGAGGACAGGACUGUGAAAGACUCUGGGACCGGAGGAGAAGGCCUGGGCGGAUGCUGGUGGUGCUACUGCCACAGGCAGCCGGGCAAGCCCAGGGCGGAGGGUGGCAACCUGCUCCGGCACGGACCUGGGCAAGCUCCGGGUUGCCGGUGGACACCGUUUCACCCCACGAACCUGCCAGUGGGAGCCCAGUCUCCCUCUCCGUAACGAAUAUAAGUGUAAUGUAGCAUUGUACAGUGCAUUAGAAAGUGUAAUAUGACCUUGUUUACUAAAGCUGCAUAUUUUUGAUAUAUUGUAAUAAAAGGAAAAUAUUUCCAAUGUCACAGUGCUCUUAUGUAAAUGUAAAACAUACAGGUACUGCAGAACUCACCCAAAGUGUACAGCCAUCCGCCAGACUCCGUCUGCUCCUCGCUUUCCCGGCACCCUGCCCCGGCUUCCCCCCGGCGUGGAUGGCUUCAGAGCGUCGGGGGGGUCAGAGCCGCUCUCCCCCCACCGGCGUGGAAGGGGCGGCCACGCUGCGGAGGGGCUGUGGGUCCAGCUCACCCCUGAAGAUUAUUGAGCCAUUUGGAACGAGUCCAUCUCUCGCCUCCCUGGCAGUCUCAGCUGCUGGACAUGGUAGGAUGGUUUUUAUUUUUCCUCCUGAGCUUUCUUGCGACCGAGUAAAUCCCCAAGGGACAGAAGGGUCGGUGCCAGCUUCUCUGGGCUGGGGGCUUCCCGCGGUGUGAGGACCAGCUCAGAGAUGGUGCUGGCAUCCCGCAGUCCCACACUUGUCCCCCUCCCAUGCACCUGCUGCCCCUGGGGGAGGGUUCGCCUCCCGGGAGGGUGCUGCAGAGUGCCAGCACCCGUGUGCCCAGCACAGACGUUGCCCAAGCCCCUGGUGCCAAGCUCCGGCUUCGGUCGGGGGAUGCCUUUUAGGAGAAAUAUAGGGGAGGGAACUGAUGAGACACUAAAUCUGAGGAUGUAAACCAUUUUUUGUCGGCUUCUGUGUCUCGGGGGGGCAGCGUGAGGGCACUGCUGAGAGUGAGGGGGGUGUUGGUGCCAGUCUGUUGGGGCUCGUGUAGGGCCAGGUCACCCAGCGAGGCAGCCGGCACCCUGGGAAGCCUCCUGGGCUUACUCGGCCGCAAGAAAGCUGGGGGCUGCACUGGUGCCCCCCCGACCUUGCCCUCAACCCUGCCUUGCUCCAGCACGGCCGCGGCUCUGCCCUGGCUCCUUCGGAGACCAGCCCUGGCCCACCCUGCAGAAACCGGGGUGGCCCUCAAAGCUGGGGGGCUUCCCCAUCAGCACUCGCCUUGCCUGGUGCUGCUCUUGGCCGUGGUGACGCCUUGGAGCUGCUGGGGACCCCGGGAUGCCACUCAGCCUGUUGUAUAUGUCACCGAGUGCCUUUAAAACACGGUUCUGUGACUUGCCUAUACGCUACGUGAAGUCCAGCAAAAUCCGCAAUCGUUUUCAGCCCAGGAACAGCGUUACGAGCGUUUUUCCUCCCCCCCUCUUUUUUUUUUUAAGUUCUGAUGGUGUUGUGUCUGGUGAGGUUGUUAACAUGCCCGGGAUUUCUGUCUCCCCCUUUUUUUCUUGGGGGAAGGGGGGGGUCCCCUGUAAAUAUGUACAGCGGCCACGCGGCCCCGGCGACGUCUCCUCUGCAUACUCAUGUGCUGACUUGUACAAUGAUCUUUUCAAAGGUACUUGGAUAAAAUUGAAAUAAAACCCCA